CCGCCCCCCGGCACCUACCCGCCGGCCCGCUCCCCGGCCCCGGGCGCCGCCAGCGGCACCUUCGAGUGGAUGAAGGUGAAGAGAAACGCGCCCAGGAAAAGCAAAGCCGCAGCCCCCGGCGCCGCCAGCGCGGCGCGCACCAGCUUCAGCACCCGGCAGCUGACUGAGCUGGAGAAGGAGUUUCACUUCAACAAGUACCUGACGCGGGCCCGGCGCCUGGAGAUCGCCCGCGCGCUGCAGCUGCACGACACGCAGGUGAAGAUCUGGUUCCAGAACCGCAGGAUGAAGCAGAAGAAGAGGGAGAAGGAGGGUCUCCUUGGGGGGGCAUCCAGCUACCGCGGACACGAGUCCCCCUCUGAUAAAUCGGACAUCACAUCCCCAGCCAUCUCCCCUAGCCGUAGCCAGGAGGCCACCACCCCUCCCAUCUGAUGGGGCCUCUGGGACUUUCUGCAGUGCUGGAACUUUUCUUCUCACCUUGUGGAGGAAAAAAAAAGCACCAGAAAGACACCAGUCCAUCAGGACCACUUAGCUUCUUUGCAUCCAGCUUGCUUCUUGCAGAGCUUGGCUCCUGCCAAAACUUGCAAAGGACUUUGGAG